CUCUCUCCAAACAGGAGCGCUGGCGGAGCGCGAGACGGCAGUGUCUGGACAUGCGCCGAUGUGUACAAAUAUGGCGGCCUGGUAGCGAAGGAAACUGUUGGGUUCUGUCGCUGUUCCUGAGAGUAUUUGAUCCACAGCACAGGGUGUGUAGUGACAAAUUGAGUGGCCAGCCUGCUGUCCAGCCCUCCUUCACCUGGCACUGGUACCAUCCCAGCAGGCGGAAAAGAUGGGCAGAACCCCAGUGAAAGAAUCAAGAGAUGGCAGGAAGGAGAAACCUGGAAGGAGCAGCUCCUCCUCAGAUCCUUCACCCAGCAAUGACACUGAGACUUUUAACUGGGAGGAGUAUUUGAAGGAGACUUCCUCGUCUCCUGCUCCUGCAAGCUGUUUUAGACAGGCCAGAAUCCCUCCCAGCAAUGAUUUCAAAACUGGUAUGAAGCUGGAGGCCCGUGACCCACGCAACUCCACCUCUGUGUGCAUUGCUACGGUGAUGGGGAUUACGGGUAUCCGGCUGCGCUUGCGUCUCGAUGGCAGCGACAACACCAAUGACUUCUGGCGGCUUGUUGACUCUUCUGACAUCCAGCCUGUGGGCACCUGCGAGAGGAAUGGGGACAUGUUGCAGCCGCCGCUGGGUUUCAGAAUGAAUGCAUCCUCAUGGCCAAUGUUCCUCUUAAGAACUUUGAGUGGGGCUGAGAUGGCUCCUCCCACUGCAUUUAAGAAGGAGCCUCCACGACCCCCACAGAACAGCUUCAAGCCUGGCAUGAAGUUGGAAGCAGUGGAUAAGAAGAACCCCUAUUUGAUCUGUCCUGCUACAGUCGGUGAAGUGAAGAGCGAUGAGGUCUUCGUCAUGUUUGAUGGCUGGAGGGGAGCCUUUGACUACUGGUGCAAGUAUGACUCGCGGGACAUCUUCCCUGUAGGCUGGUGCGCCAUGACGAAGCACAGCCUCCAACCCCCAGGCAACAGUUUCACGUUGCCGAAGGCUCUUUCCACUCCUGCAUCAUCGUCCUCCAAGCCUGCAAGGCGCUCCAUGCCAUCUCUGUACCGGCUGACUGGACCCCUCCCCCCUCUCCCUGUCCGGAAGGGUGUGCGAGGUCGGCGGCCUAAGAGCCAGACCAUCGCCCUACUCAAAGCAGCAGCAGAAGCGGCUGCUGCUGCAGCCGAGACUGACAUGCAACAAAGCACGGUGGCCAAGCCUGCCCCUAGCGCACUCCUCACCCCAAGACCCUAUAAGAAGAGGGGUCCAAAACCAGGCAGCAAGAGGAAGCCUCGGGAUGUUCAAGCCUCGGGGUUGGCCUCUGCAGGCCCUGAGACAAGGCUGCUUAACACACAAGGGCCCCACAGUGGGUCUAGCCACCGGCACACUAGCCCUGGAGUAACAUCAACAGUUUGCGUGUAUGUGAACAAGCAGGGGAACUGUGGACCACACCUUGACAGGAAAAGGAUGCAGCGACUACCAGAUCACUUUGGGCCAGGUCCAGUUGAUUCAGUUCUGCGGCAGGCAGUUCAGGCCUGUCUGGAUUCCACCUACCAGCCAUUAACCCUACUCAAGUUCCUCACCAGCCGUUCUGAAUCGAAAGGAGGGGAGAUCGUUGAAGUGCGGACUGAGCAGGGACCCCACUAUGUGUGUCUACCCUCUGCCAGCAGCGCCUCCUUCGUACUGCGCUACCUGGAGUCCAUGUGUCAGCACCUACAGUGUGCCAAUCUGUUCAGCAGCCAGCCAUUCAGUCCCUAUGCAGCAGCAUCCCAGCCUGGCUAUGACAGAACCAAGUCAGUAAAAGAGGAGACUGGGGAGGCCUUACUAAUCAACCGGGGGACCAAGCGAUUCCCAAGGGACUCUCCUCCUUACACAACUCCCCUGUCCCCCAAACUCCUCCGUACAGAGGCACAUCCAUCAGAAGCGGAGACGCUGCCGCAUGAGGAGAAUGGUCUACUGAAGGAACAGCGCUUCUCAGAGGAGUCAAUGGACUCUGCCUCCAACUCUAUGGCACCUGGCCCUCCGACACUGCGCAGCCCCUCAGAGUACCGCCCGAAAGCCAGCACCCCCUACUACUCAGCAAGCCCCCCACCGCUGCGCAGGCUGUCAACCACACGCCACCACAGACAAAUGGAAGCAGCCAGCUCCACCACAGGGCCUGAUGCCCAGACAGCAGACAGGGAGACCUCUGGAGUUCUGGGGAGCAGCCCUUCCACCUGGUCAAUUGAAGAGGUGAUGCAGUUUGUGCGAGAUGCAGACCCACAAACACUGGCCCCUCAUGCAGAGCUCUUCAGGAAGCAUGAGAUCGACGGCCGGGCUCUACUGCUGCUGCGCAGCGACAUGGUGAUGAAGUAUAUGGGCCUCAAGCUGGGCCCUGCGCUCAAGCUCUGCUACCACAUCGAGAGGCUCAAACAGGGCCUGCGUUGACCAAGGCAGCUGCCCUUGAUGAUCAUCUGGCACUUGUGAUGCCCUUGUUGGGUGUCUUCCCAAGCAUCUUUGCAGAGAAACUCUUAUUUAUACAACUGCAGAGAUCCCAGUACCUCAUCUUUUCAUCAAUGAGCAAAGCAGACAGUAUGGACUUAGCUGAAUUCCAAAAGAUAAUUUGAAAUGUUUACAUUGUAUAUGUACAAUACAUACAUACAUACAGACUUUAACAUUUUUACAAAAGAAACCUUUUUGUUCAUUGACUUGAGAGCUCCAAAGAUGGAGGUUUUUCUUCUCCAUGCUUACUUUAUUCCAGUGAAUAGAUGGGGCUCUUUUUAAUGAGUGUAUCCUUUUUCAUUCCUUAAUUUGUUUAUACUUUUAAAUUCAAAAACAUAAAAUGAAAGUGCAUUGCUUAUUAAUUUCAACCAGUCUUCUGGAUGGCCUUCAGAUACAAGCCAGUGUGAGAAGACUGAGUGCAAUUGACUUUGGCAGCUCUUGACACUAAAUGGAGGAACCUGGCAAAAUUGCUUGUCAUGUAAUUCUUUCCAAGUGACCUCAUGGUAUACCGUGGAUCAGAAAUGAUUAAACCACCCUAAGUAUGCUUGUCCUGAUUAGGGGCCUCUUAUCUGCUGCAAUGAAUGUGCUACAUUUCAGAAAGUAAUGUGUUUUUGACAAAAAAAAAGACCUGUUGUGUAAUUUGAGCUGUCUGGAAUGGCCUGAUUUGUGAGAAGUCUUAGGUCACAAAUUGUCACUUUUUUUCCUCCCCUCCAUUGGGGCUGCAAGAGUGGUAGAAUGGCCAAAAUGGGAAAAGGUAAGUAGAGAAACUUUUUCCUUCCUGUAUCACAUAUUAUGAACUUGUUUACCAUGAGCAUGAACCACUGAAUAUUGAUAAAUAUCCAUUUAAACACAAGGCCCUGCUGUAGUGAGCCGCCAUGGUUUUGUUUUGGGUUGGUCAGGUUUGUGGUUUUGCUCUCGGCGACAAUUUCUGAAGGGUUUUUAGCCGACUGUUUGCAGAUACAGGUCCUGCUCUGCUAGUGAACUUUCAGCUGGCAUAUGAGUGAAGUCCAAAAGUGACUUGAGAAGCAGAAGUGUUCUUGGACUUGCUAGGUAACUUCAACUUGUCUUUCAUCAUGCUUAUGCCUUUAUUUGAAGUACAUUAGGAGUCAGAUGUCUUCUGUGCUGUUUAAAGUGCCCAGCCCGUUCAUUAAUUUCACUGUUGUAUGUUGGGAUGAAACGGUGACUCUGAGUGCGUGCUCAUUAACAAAGCAAUUUUUUGUGUAUGAAAGAUAUACCGAAUAUUCCCUUAACACCCCCCCGGCUAUUUUUUGGGGGGGGGAAUCAGUCACCCGUUAUGACUAAGUUCAUCACUGUUUUAUUGUAGCCAUAUAAGUGAAGGCAAACUUGUCUGUCAAACUUUUAAACACCAUUCUUCAAAACAAACUGAAUAUGCAUACAUGGAUAUACAGUUCAAUGUCCGGGGCUAUCAUAAUUGGAACACAUUUCCUCGGAACCACUGUCUAUAUAACUGGUCCGACAAAAUGACCUUGUUUGCUGUCACUGCAUUUUCUAACACUUGCUGCCCAAUGUCAACAUCGUCCUGAGAAAACCCUUCAAACUCAGAAUCCUCUUCUUCCGACUGCAGGAAUAAAUGGUCUUCAGAGCCAUCAAGCGCAGACGUAAUGCCACACUUCGAUUUGCGUCUAAUUUCUAGUGUUAUACAUGCUCAGGAUUCCUUUAUCCAUUGUAGUAUUGGCGACUUUGCAGGCUUCACAGGAAUGAUGAGACUAUUACCAUACAUGCUGUAAUAAAGUGAUUUGGGAAUAUAUGUAACAGUACAGAACAAAAACUGAAGUUUUUAUUUUAUAAAAAACUGAUUUUUGACCUGUAUUUAACGCCCCCGCCUUCUCAAAAUGUAACACCCCUGGAGGCGUUAAUUUUGGGAAUAUUCGGUAGACUAUAAAAUUGGAAAUCUGUACCUUAAGUAUUACCACUUUGUGGUAUACAGUUCCUAUUUGCCAUCUUGGUGGAUGUUUCAUUCUAGCUUACAGCAGGAAUAGCUAUUGGGCAUUUAAAACAGUCUUUUUUUUUUUU